AUAAGUAAGGUUACAACCCUCAGAAACAAAGAAGAACAAGAGCGUUCUUUAGAUCGCAUAGAUCAACCAAUGGAUCAUAUCAAAGAGCCUCCUGGUGGAUGGGAAAAUAUGUGGGUAGAGGGACGAACAUUGUGGGAUUUAGGAGAAGCAACUCCUAUUGUUGUUCACCUCUGUGAAACAGGUUCUUUGCCUAGUGGAAGAGCUUUGGUUCCUGGAUGUGGAACCGGAUAUGAUGUGGUUGUGAUGGCAAACCCUGAACGUCAUGUUGUUGGACUUGAUCUUUCAAAAACCUCAGUUGAAAGAUCAACAAAAAUGUUCUCUUCAUUGCCUAAUUCAAAACAUUUCACCUUCUUAAAAGAAGAUUUCUUCACUUGGGAGCCAACCGAAAAAUUCGAUCUUAUUUUCGACUACAAUUUCUUCUGUGCUUUUGAACCUAAAGUUCGACCUUUAUGGGCAAAGCGUAUGCAAGAGCUUCUGAACCCUGGUGGAGAGCUUAUAACAUUGAUGUUUCCUAUAAGUGAUAGAACACCUGGUCCACCUCCUUACUUAGUAUCAGUCUCAGCCUAUGAGGAACUUUUGAUUCCCUUAGGGUUUGAGGUAAUCUCUAUAGUUGAUAACGAACUUGCUCCAGAUACACGCAAGGGAAUGGAAAAACUUGGCAGAUGGAAAAAGAAGAAGAAUUCAGUGUGAUGACUCCUCAUUGCCGUCGCAUUCUGAUGGCUCUAUCUAUAAGUCAAUAAAAGAUUUACACUUCUUUUAGUUUCCUAGUCAGAACCGAAUGUACUAUUUACACGUUUAAAAAUAAAGAGUCUUUGACCGUCUUAUAUGAAUUUUGUAAUGAGUAAACGUGUUGUUUUUACUUUUUAGCGAGAACCAGUGUCGAAUUUCUCAUGCAUGAUUUUCUACGUUGUCAAAUCUGAUCAAAUUUUCAUUUGAUACAAUCGUUAAGUUCGAAUACUUUUAUUGUCUCUACCAGUAAAAUUUUCUUCUUAUUCUUCUUCUUAAUUCACGUGUAAAUUGUUUUCUUGGUUGAGGUUUCGUCCGGCCCUAGUGGCUUCUAGUUCGACUUUGAUGCUAUGUUUUUUUGGGUUCGUGAUGCAACUAUGUUUCUUCUGUUUUCGAAGGUUGUUAUAUUUACUUUCCAAAUGAUUGUUUUGCUAAAUUGUAAUGGUUCAUCUCCAUAAAACUGAAUUAUUACCACUUAUUAUAUUUCUUCUUGGGCUUUCUCCUUUU